AUGAAUUUUUUACACGAGCUGUUUGCGAGAUAUGGUGUCUCAGACGCGACAGUGUGUGACAAUGGAACGCAAUUUGUGUCUUUUGAAUUUAAAAAGUUCUGCAAAACGUUCGCUACAGAACAUGUAACUACGGCACCAUACCAUCCCAGAUCUUACGGACAAGCAGAACGCUUUGUUGAUACGAUCAAGAGAGCCCUAAGAAAGUCUAAUAAGAUAGUUACUGAUGAGGUAGCACUACAACAAUUCUUAAGAAUAUACCGUGUGACACCAAAUCCAAAUACGCCAGCAGGUAUGUCACCAGCAGAGCUGAUGUUUGCGAGGAAAGUAAAAUCAGUCUUCGACAAAUUGGUUCGUGGCAAGAAAAAAAGAAAAAUUGCAAUGGCAAAUACAACAAAACUUUUCAAAAAUGGUGAAAAGGUAUUUGUGAGGGCAUAUAUGAACGGAAAAUAG